AUAGUAAUUCAAUUUCUUUGGAAAAAGAGCCAUUUUGGGAGUUGCGUAUCUUGGUCACCAAGCUCCGCUCCCCACGUAUAACAAUCUCAUCAUCAACUCCGUAUGUGAAGAAGAACAGAUAAAGAAGAGAAGAAAUAAAGUUGCUGCGAUUCAAGAUUGUUACUUUCUUGAUAACCAUGGCGACAAGGAGGCCUUUGCAGUCUGUCUUGAGCAGAUUAGGAAGCGUUCGGAAUUUCUGUAGCGCCCAACCUCAACCAAAUUCAGCUUCCUCUUCUCAACACCUCAUUAGCUUGGAGUCUGAGUGCAGUGCUCACAAUUACCAUCCAAUUCCCAUUGUUUUUUCUCGGGCAAAAGGAUCAUCUGUCUGGGAUCCAGAAGGGAACGUGUAUCUGGACUUCCUCUCAGCUUAUUCUGCUGUCAAUCAGGGGCAUUGUCAUCCCAGGAUCAUGAAAGCACUAGUGGAACAGGCUGAAAAUCUCACUCUUAGUUCAAGAGCAUUUUAUAAUGACAAAUUUCCAGUAUUUGCCGAACGCCUUACCAGCAUGUUUGGAUAUGACAUGGCACUACCAAUGAAUACUGGUGCAGAAGGAGUCGAGACAGCUUUGAAGUUGUCGAAGAAAUGGGGAUACAUUAAGAAAGGAAUACCGAAAGAUGAGGCUAUAAUUGUCUCGUGUUGUGGUUGCUUCCAUGGACGUACACUGGCUGCUAUAUCCAUGAGCUGUGACAACGAGGCAACUCGUGGAUUUUGGCCCUUGUUGCCCGGCAAUCUUAAAGUUGAUUUUGGUGAUGCAGCUGCACUCGAGAGGGUAUUUAAGGAGAAAGGCGAUCGGAUUGCUGGUUUUUUGUUUGAACCCAUCCAAGGAGAGGCAGGGGUUAUAAUUCCCCCGGAUGGCUAUCUGAAAACUGUUAGAGAUCUUUGCUCGAAAUUUAAUAUUCUAAUGAUUGCUGAUGAGAUACAAAGUGGGCUAGCCCGAUCUGGAAGAAUGCUGGCCUGUGAUUGGGAAGGGGUCCGCCCUGAUGUCAUAAUAUUGGGAAAAGCGUUGGGUGGUGGAGUGUUACCUGUAAGUGCAGUGCUAGCAGACAAAGAUGUUAUGCUUUGUAUUCAGCCCGGAGAGCAUGGAAGUACUUUCGGGGGGAAUCCUUUGGCCAGCGCUGUUGGCAUUGCGUCUCUAGACGUGAUAAGAGAUGAAGGACUUGCAGAGAGAUCUGCUGAGAUGGGAGAGCAGCUGAGGCAGCAGCUAACGAAGAUUCAGCAGCGGUUUCCUGAAAUCAUAAAGGAAAUUCGAGGAAGAGGGUUGUUCAACGCGGUAGAGCUGAACAGCAAGGCCUUGUUUCCCGUGACUGCUUACGACGUAUGCCUAAAGCUGAAGGAGAGAGGGAUUCUUGCCAAGCCAACUCAUGAUACUAUAAUACGUUUGACGCCCCCUCUUUCAAUGAGUGACCAUGAGCUUCGGCAAGGCUCAGAGGCAUUGCACGACGUUUUGGAGCUCGAUCUACCAAAGAUGCAGAAAGAAAAGCCAAUGACGCAAUCCCAUGCUGCAUCUGUAAAUGUAUGUGACCGGUGUGGGCGCAAUUUGUAAUCUGCUGUGAAUGAUGUGAGUCAUAAGAAUUGCAAGAAUGUGGAUUACAAUAAAAAAGGAGGAUGGGAAAAAGAGUUACAACUCCUUUGAAUGGGGUGUAUUAGUGAAGAAAAUUAGGUUGCCUAGACCAGUACAUUUGAAAAAUCUGUUGUAUUUUGCCCCAUGUUGACAUGUGAAGAAAAUUACUAUUCUUGUGUUCAGAACCCCCUAACAAAGUUGGUUAAACAAUUAGCUUGAUAACUGCUCAAGUUCGACUCUCUGUGGGAGCGGUCUAUUGGUCAUUUUGAUUUGUGUUGGUCAGCUAUGAGUAACUUAGACUGAUUUACCU